AUGAAGGUGAUGUGCAGCGCCUGCAGCCGCAGGCUGGAGGAGUACCAGAGGAUGGUGUCUGACAGGGACAGAGAGAUCAGGAGGCUGCAGGACAGGCUGCAGGAGACUGAGGACAAACUGAUGCGUCUGCAGGCAGGACGGAGGCCUGAGGAACAGCUGUCCUGUCCGGUCACGUCUGAUGCAAAGCAAAUAAACUCUGGUGAAGCUCUAAUAAGCGCUCAUAACGAAAGUGCCGGUGCAGCAACACCCACACAAAGUUCCCUCAAGUGCCAUGACACAGCGGAGGCCUUUCCCCACCAACAUGCCCGCCCUGAGAAACCCUCAUGGGAGGGUGGGGGAGCCGCUGGGUGCAUCAAAGAGGAACCUUCAGACUUGGAGACGGUCAUUAAAUGGGAAGUGUGUGAGGGCAGUUUGGUGGAGGGUGAACGUGGAGCUGAAUAUCUGCACAAGGAAAAACCUGCAAAGAAAGACAUGCAGACUGAGUGUGAGGUUAAAACGGCAAAUCCACAGAUGAACAGGACAAUGGCAACAGAACAUGAAGACGAAUACACUGCCCAUCUUAAGAGAAAAGGGGGAGAAAGAAACGGGUGCCACCUGCCUGAGAGUGAAGAAGAGGAGGUUGUUGUGAAGAAAGCUUGUGUAACCCAUCCCUCUGCACCUAAAAUAACUGCUCCAAAACACAGUCUGGCAGAUGUCGGCUCAACACAGACACAGAGGCAGAGCUUGAACGGCUCCCUAACUUCAAACUUCAAUGCACAAGACCUCCUGGCAUGCCAGCAGCAGACAUACAUCCCUGUGUCGGCUCCGCCACCAACGUGUGACCCAAUACUUCUAGAGGUUCUCGUUUCGUUGGAGACGAUCAAACAACAGAACAGCACCGUUCUUCAAAUACUGCAGUCAGGACACUCACCUGGAGCGCUGCUCUGUGAACCGCCAGAUGUCGGGACGCUUCCUCUUCCACUUCAGUCAGUCCAGGAUUUAAGAAGUUUGGAGCAGCGGCUCUCCACUGAACCAGAGCUGAAGAAUAAAAUGAUCUCAUACCUUGGUUUAGCUGGCGGGAUGACGACCAAAGAGAGCGUGUGGAGGAUCAUGGCCAAACUUUUUACCAACACUUUGGCCAUAAACAUCAACUGGAGGGGAAGAAAUAACAAGCAGAAAAUGGAGAACCUUACCAUCAAAAGAGUUAUCCUGAAUGCAGUCAGGCAGAAUUCGUUCUGCAAGGAUGCCGUGGAUGAGGAGAUAGAGAGCUACAUGAAGCGCUGGCUGCAGCUGGCAGCAGACAGAGACGGAGGAAGGAAAAGGAGGCAAGAAAAGGGGAAGGAGGCAAACAGCAUGCAGGAUUACUGCAUGGACGAGAUGUUCACUAAUGAGAUAGAGUAGCGUAGCCUACAUGCAACACAUAUUGUACACAUCAUACAAGUAAGCACACUUAUUUUGACUGCGGCUCAUGAACAUACAGAUGGGUUGCUGCAAAAAAAAAAAAAAAUCCAUUCUUUUAUCAUCUCCUCUUUAACUGUCAUAGGAUCUAUAAUAAUGAUAGUAAUGCAGCUCACUAACAAACAACUAACAAAACACUAUAUGCAUGUAGAUGCAUGCAUGCACACACAGAACUACACUCACCAUUCCCUCUAUAAAUGAACUGUCUUAGAGAUAAGGUAGGAUCUGAUAGACACAAACAAAAUAGAAAAUAAAUCAUUUUUAACAUUUAUAAUAUCAUUGCACUUACAAUUUAACGUUAAUCUUAUUUUCAUAUCAGUUAAUAAUGUUGUUAAUCAUAUUUAUUCUUACUCAAGAUAAUGUGUUUAUUGUAUACAUGUUAG